CUAUAUUAUCAUCUCCAUCGAGACGAUUAGUCAAGAAAGACAAUCAAACCUGUGCAUUGUCUUAAUUAAUAACAAUGAAAAAAGAUGGUAAUGAGGCUUCAACUAGAAGCAUAGACACUUUAGGAUCAUAAACUUAAGCUAAUGAUAUGUCUGAUAAUGGAAUUUCGAUAUUUUUACCUGUUAUAGAGGAGAAAUCUAAAAUUCGAUUCAUCAAACAAACAUCCAAUCCAAAACAAUCAAUCACUUCAAGAAAAGUAGUGAUAACAUAAACAGAUUCUAUAUCACCCAUGAUUAAAUCAGAUAUUUAUCUACCAUCAAAUUAAUUCAAUACCAACUUCUCCAAAUAAAUUUUUAAUUCCAAACCAUAAAAGUCAUUUAACAAAUGUAGAAGAAUAAGAUAAAAAAGUGGAGCUUAGAAAAUCUAUUUAAGUUAUUGAUUUUAUUAACAAUAUAAACAUCAAAGAUGUAAUUGAUGGAAGUGUUAAAUCAUUGAAAAAAAAAUUGUAGAGGUAAUAAACAAAAAUGAUAAAAAAAGGAUCAGAAACCUCUAUUUACUAC